GAGAGCCAUGACGAAGAGGAUAUUCCCCUGCAUCACAAGCGCGCCUUUGGUGCAGGGUUGAAGCGCAAGCGGGUUGAGUUUGUCCCCGCCCAAGAUCCAGACGCUGGUGUCACAACAACCGUGACGCCUGCGAAAGCGACAGACACAUCCAUCGGAGAUUUAUACGCCAGUGUCGUAUUGAAACCUGAGUCCGAAACCAAGGAGUCUGCCGAGGAAACAGCUGAAAUAUGCCCCGUUUGCGAGCUACCGAUCAACUCUACCUCCCAACCUCAUGAAGCAUCCAUGGCACAUCAGGUCUCACUAAAACACUCCUAUCCGCCCUCAGCUCUUGACCGGUCCCGCAUGGGACUGCGGGCUCUCAAGUCACAAGGAUGGGAUCCGGAUGCCCGGCAAGGUCUCGGCCGCGAUGGCGAAGGCAUGCGGUACCCGAUCAAGGUGGUGGCCAAGGAGGAUACUCUGGGAGUCGGCGCAACCGUGCCAGAGCACAUCCAGAAGAAGGAGAAGGAAGAGAAGCCAAAACCACUGAAUCGCAAGGAGAUGCGGCAGCUGGCAGCACAGGAACGACAACGGAAUGAACGAUUGCAAGGGGAGAUUUACGGGAGGGUCGAUGUUGAGAGGUACCUG